AUGUAUGAAAUCUCUCCAAUGGCACCCCCGAGGUCCUCGCACCCAGCCUUCCCGGUAGAAGAAUCCUGUCCGUCUCCGACAUGUCCAUGUCGCGAGUCACCCACCGGCCUCGACAUCGACCGUGAGACCAUGCUCAAUGGGUCCAUCGGAACAUAUGCCGAGCAGGUGCUUAUAGCAACGGGUCGGAGUGACUGGAAGAGUCGCAUCGAGGAGGACGAAGACGCGGUUUUACUACAACAGAUGAAAGGGUUGCUCGGACGAGGGGGAAAAUACAGUGAUAGCAAAAAUAAUCUCACGCUUCCAGUGAAUAUUGACAAAUCCGAAACUUCCCAGGUCGCCGUAUCACAUCCAGCGUCUGCAUAUCUGGUACCAAGCUUUCAAUAUGUGCCUGCCAUUCCUACCGAUGCCGACAGUGUUGACGCUUUCGUUCGAGCCUUCAUCCUUCCGCAAAAGCUCCAUCAUGCACACGAGCGCCUUUCACGCGAAGAGCAAAACAUUCUGCGACGCGAGGAUGAGAAGCAGCGGCAAUUCGUCGGCGUCCGCCCAGUCCAAGAAAUACUCGUGCUGAUCUGUGGACACGGUGGACGGGAUGAGCGAUGUGGGAUCUACGGUCCCCUCUUGCAAGCAGAGUUUGAGGAUCAACUGCAGCGGCAGAAUAUCUCUCUGUUGGAGGAAUCGCCUAAAGCUGAAAAUGUGGAGGCAGCAGAAAGCCAUGUGACAGCCUCGGAGCUCACCGCGCGUGUCGGUCUGAUCAGCCACAUCGGCGGGCACAAGUUCGCCGGAAAUGUCAUCAUCUAUAUUCCGCCGACUUUUUCGCAAAAUGCUCUGGCAGGCAAAGGCAUCUGGUACGGACGUGUCGGACCCGAACAGGUCGAGGGUGUUGUCGCCAAGACCAUUCUUGAGGGCAAAGUCAUCAAGGAUCUGUUCCGAGGCGGCAUUGACCAGAGCGGUGAUCCCUUACGGCUAUAA